AGCAUGUUUAUACCAUAUUUGUUGAUUUUUGAAAUAUUUUAUGAAAUUAUUUGUUACUUGCCUUCGUGUUAGUUUCUUAUUUUUCACUUCAUUUUUUUCCAGGUUACUGGCUGUGCAAAUGUCAUGGAUCAUCCUAAUUCAAGUAAUGACAUAGACUUAAGUGAAUUCCCUUUCUUUCAUAUAUCUGAUGACGAAAUACCGGUAACUGAUGAAGGACAUGAUGCUGCGAAAUCUGGAUCACUACUAAGUUUCAACAUGUUCGGAACAUGUUCCUUAAAAAAUGUCAAACAUAUUAUUCGACAGAAUCGAUGCUUGAAGCCGUUAAGACUUCAUCUAUUAAAACACGUUCUAAAUUUGUGUAGAAAUGCUGGUCUAGAACCAUUUGUUUAUGGUGGUACAGCUCUUUCAGUAUUCCGUGAAAACGGGAAAUUCAUACCCCACGAUACAGAUAUUGACUUAGGGAUAUUAGAAUUCGAUUCUAAUGGUUUUGGCAUAUAUACGAGACUAAUGCAGUAUUGCCUAAAAAACCGUAUUAGCAUUUAUGGAAUAGGCAAUUUGGAUGACUCUAUUCUUCUGAAUCCGGAUUCUGAUGUGUAUAUUGAUUUUUCGGCGAGCGUUAGUAAACGUGUAUGGCUUAAAGCAAAAGAAUGCAAUGUAGUAGAAAGCGUUGAAGAAUUCCCGUAUGAUGGUGUUGAUUGUAAGCGCAUAAAAUUUUUCUUCACUAGUAAUGGUUUGCUGAAAGCUUGCAAAUUAUUAAAAAUGAACUUAAGAACUGCUAGACAUGUUCUUUCUGAUCCCUGUUUGGCGCAUGUUGAUUUGUUCACCUUAUCUCAUGUAGACUCAUCAGAACAAGAAAAAGGAUUGCAAGCCUUGAGAGUAAAUUGGAAUUUACCCGGUAUAUAUGACUGUAAGAGAAAGUUGUUUCCAUACAGUUCAUUCUUCCCUUUAAAACAAUGUAAAUUUGAAGAUUUAGACAUGUUGGCACCAUAUGAUUUGAAAACAUAUUUAAGUAUAGAAUAUGGUUAUUUAGGACGGGAUGCGGUGUACAGCUCCAGAGAACAAUUAUACGUAAAAAUCCCUGCAAACUAUUCCACACACCUGCCAUCUUACAUGAUGUGAAUUAUGAUGACUUCAUUCAAGAACUGUUUUGUUCUAUGCAUUUUGCUUCUUUUAUAUUAUCACAGUUUCUCAGAAUUAUUUAACUGUUAGAGUUUUGUAUAACAUAUUUUCUACUGCAUAAUAUUUUUUGUACAGCAUUCGCUAUGUACAUUUUUGUUUUAUAAUAAAACUGCUAUUAAAUUAGAUUUAAAUUAGUUUUUCAUAACACAAUGGACAUAUGCGUAUAUGUGUACAAGUACCAAGUGAUGAGACAUCUUUUGUUGUGAACUGUUUGCUAAUGAGAUUUGAAAUAUUAGGGUUAAUUUGAUCCAGGUGUCGGUUUUUCAAUAAGUAACUAAAUUAUAUAGUGAUAACUGUCCAAAGUUUUUGGUUUUUUGCUGUUUACUAACCAAGUUUCCAUUGGUGG